AUGUACGGCACCCUCCCGCUGCCACCAAAGACGCCGAGCGAGCGGCCGCGCCGACAUAAAGCCUACGCCCUCGCCUUACUGGGAGCGGCGUGUGUCCUCAUCGCGUCGUCGCAUGCGCGUAUGCCGGUCGUCCGCGUGGCCGGAGGGCUCUGGGACGUCUCCUCGCAGUUCCUCGCGCCGGGCGAGACGCAAAUAUCUACAAGCAUAGCGCGGUCGACCUGGACCGCCGGUAAUGGUGAAAAUCCGCGCCGUCUGGAGGAGCAUUACCUCGCCCGCAAAACACCGGAAGAUUGGUGGAGCGGCCACGUCUUCCUGAAGCAGGCCUAUAGCUACUGGCGGUACGGGGUCUGUUCGGAGCGGGCUAUGAUGGAUGCGGCGCCUUUGGCUGUCGAGUCGUAUCGGUACGAUGAUAGGGAGGCUCUACUCUCUGCUUUGCGAGAUGGUCUGAUCGCGCAAGGUGCGAUCGUCUGGGCCGCCGUCUCCGACGAGGCCGUCGACACGGACAUUGAAUUUGACAAACUGGAAGAGAAGGUACCUGUCGAGAGGCUCCAGCACGGCGUGGCCGGGGAUGCCGCGUGCGCGGCCGCGUCCGCCGCAGUCAACUUCGAGGCUUCGCGUCGAUGGCGUGGAGGGUGACGCGGUCGCAUCGGCGGCGCGACGGAAAGAUGACACGCACAGGUCCGCGCGGGAACUGGAUGGAGCCUGCGCCUACCAGUGGACGCCCGAUUUGUUGAGACGGUCGGAAUUACUUAGGUCGCUCCUGGCCUACGACAAGCCUUUGGUAUUAGUCAUCGCGGGCGACUCGGGCUGCCGCCUUCACGAUCUACCGGCGACGCACCACAAAAUAGUGUUUGCAAACGACGCGGCGCCGCCCGACUCUUCUACAUCAUUGUGGUUCCCCGAGGGCCUGGAGGGUCUCGAGAGUCUCGAAGAUUUCACUUUUUGGCAGCCGCAAGCAGCUGACAACGCGAAGGCGUUGAGUGAGGCCGACGACUCGCUGGAUGCAAAUGAAAGGCCCUAUUUACUUGAUCUGGUCUUCUCGGUUAAUGGGAGGAAGCCCUCGCGGGGGAGACUCGUCAAGUGGCUGCUGGGCGGUGGUGUGGAUGAAUUGGCGGCUGUCUCGGACAAGGCCCUGCGUAUAAGAGCUGUGGUCGCCGAUGCUGAUGAUGAGCUCCAAGAACUUUUAUUAAAGUCGCCGGACGCCCACGAGGAAGACAGUGCCUGGCGCGUCGACAUCACGCGGGGCAACGCUACACUAGAUGGAGACGCCGCGAGUCUCUUCUCACUAGCGCCCGCGGGCGACACCUGGUCUUCUGGUAGAGUACUGGAGGGCAUGCUGCGCGGAGCCGUGCCCAUUGUCGACCAGACGUACGUGACGGACGGCGGUCUCUCCGCCAAAGGUUGUGAAGAUCCGGCAGCAGCUUGGCGCGACGCCCCUUUCGUGUUCGUGCGAGACUGGGCCGAGCUCCCUUCCCAACUUGAAGAGUUUCUUAGAAGUGACGCGGAUUACAUCGGAGCUGUCCGGUCCUAUCGUGAGACGCUAGAAGAUCAUUUGAGGGAGAACUUGAUCGAUGCCGCCCAGCACCAGAAAAACGCUUCCACGACGACGUCGUGCCACACCGAGGAAUGGACUCCGGACGAGAUGGAUGGCUUGGUCGACACCGCCGCGGCGUACUAUGAAGGGGACUGGUGGGCCGCAAACGAUUCGCCAGGCUAUUACGCGGCCGGAUGUGGCCACGCCUACCGGACGAACUUUGACCUCCAAGGGAAUUCGAUUAUCCCGAUCCAGCGCAAGAUGCACUGCUACGCGGCGGACUGCGCGUUUCCGUUGGUCAAGGCCUUCGCGUGCCGGGACCGGGACCCGGCGGCGUGGCGGCCGAACAUGCGGGGCGGGCUGCCGCCCUGA